CUUCCGCGCUGGUGGAUUCUGGAGCUUCUGAAACCAUGUUCGACGACCGCCUCAUCCCGAAUGGACGUCUCGAAGAAGAACGCCCGACGCCCAAGAUCAUCGACGUUGCAGGAGAAAGCCAACUACGAGGCACUACCACUGGGAUCCUACACUGCACCAUCAAAGACGACAAAGAACAGCAACUACCCGUCAAGCUACAAGGUCUCAUCGUGCCAGGACUAGGCCGGAACAUCUUCGCACCAACGGCCCUUCUCAAGAAGGGCCUCCGAUGUGUCCUGGAAGACAAGACCCCACACCUCACCAUCGGCGGAGAAGUCGUCGUUCCUCUGAAACAAGAGACUCAAGACCAAGGCAUGUGCACCCUCGCCAUCACAUUCAAGGGCGAUCCAGCGUCCAAGCAAGACACGCCCGAACAACCAAGAACCAGGGCGCAAGCCGAAGUUCGGAAAACCAGAAGCGGUACAGAUCGAUCACACUCCGCACGCGACAUGCUCAGUGGCGAUGAGCGUGAGCGCCGACCUCUGGCACCGGCGCCUCGGCCACAUCAAUCCAAGUGCUAUGGAAUUUUGCGGCGCAACCCCGCUACAGGUGUGAAAUAUGACGGACCGGUAUCCCCGUGCGACAACUGCCACAUCACGAAGCACAAGAAGCCUCCCGUCCCGAAGAAGACCAGCCGUGUCCUGACCAAACCAGGCCAACUCGUCCAGUUCGACAACAUGGGACCAAUCGACCCGCCUGCGAAGUACAACGGACGCACCUACUCCUAUGUCGCCAAAGCGACCGACGUCUUCACCAGAAUGCGGGAAGUGUACCUACUGCGCGACAGGACCGAAACCACGCAAGCUCUGCACGCCUACAAUAUGCAAGUAGCAUCUGAAGGCUACCGCAUUGAGAUUCUACGCUGUGACAAAGGGGGAGAGAACACUGGGGAAGAAAUGCGCAACUACUGUAGGGAGUCUGCGAUCAAGCUGGAAUUCGCCGCGACCAACACGCCCCAAGAAAUCGGAGUGUCAGAAAGGGAUGGCCAGACACUUGCGGCUGUGACUCGAGCUCUACUGCGCGAUGGAGACUUCCCAAAACACAUGUGGGGGGAGCUCAUGAUGACUGCAGCAUACCUGACCAACAGGACCCCACACGCGGCGCUAGGGGGAGCCACGCCGUAUUCCAAGAUGUACAACACAACCCCGGACCUUUCUCGACUUCGUGCCAUCGGCGCCCGCGCGUUCGUUCAUCACGAGCGAUACAAGAAGAAGCUAGACGACCGGGCCUUUGAAGGCAAGCUCUGCGGUUACGGACCUGACAGCAAGACGUACCGGAUCUACGUGGAGGGCAAAGACAAGGUCUACGAGAGCCGGAACGUGACUUUCAUCGAGACUCCACCCAACACCAUCCCCCCUCACCGGUGGGACGACCGUCUCGGAUAUGAACAGGACGUGAUGAACUUCACGUCAUUGCUCGGACGCCGUACCUCUACGGGCGACGAAGACAACAAAGUGGACUACGGAACACAAUCAGAGCUCCUGCUGCACGAGAUGCGCAACAUGCAGCAAGACAACAUCAACCGAGCAGAACUUCGCCAAAACAACGCGGGCACGGAUUCCGACGACUACUUUGCUGUUGGGAGAGAUUACAGCAAUAACAACUCGCGGACUACGACACCACCAGGACAUCGCAAGGACCCUACGCGAGAAAUAUCGUAA